AUGGGAGCUACCAUCGAGGAGAUGAGGAAGUUCCGUGACCCAAGCAACGCUUUGUGCUUUUCAACGGAGAAGAUCAAGGAGAUCAUCAACCACUACAUCGAAGGGGAUUUCCACGAUGAGCUCAAAGGCACUAUUUCCUUGAUGGAUCCAAAUUUCAAGAUUGAGUCGAUGGCUUGCUGGAGGGAAAACCUUCCACAAUGUCAGAAGAUGGAUGUUGUCGAGGGUCAGCUUGCCAAGGCUGAUGGUGAGAUUGAGAAAAUGCAGAAGGACCACAACAAACUGCUUUUUGAGGCUGACUCCCUUGCCCUUGCCCGUGAUGCUUCCCAGUUGGCGAGCCUCUACCGUCAACAACAGCAAGGUGAACGAGCCAACCGCUUGGCCAAAGUCGCCCACCUGAAGGAGCAGAAUUCAAUCGGAGCAUCAUGUAUUUCAACCUACAUGGCAGAGAAGUCAAAGCAUGUGGCUGGGCCUUUGUCUGACUUGAAGGAUGAGAUCGCAAAGUACACCUCCAAGCUGUGCGCUGAUGACUCACCUCUGAUCGUAUGGCUGGACUUCAUGAAGUUUGGACGGACUACGAACAUAGACCUGAACAACGUCGUUGCCAUGUUGUCCCAAGCCCUGACGUCCAUGCCUGAAAAAUCAGUGGGCUUCGCUGUGGCCCCAAACCUUGUCUCAGAGAGACGAAGCGGCCUCAAUGCAGAGCUCAGGAGAAUCGAAGACAAACUCGAGGCCAAGUCUUUGAAGUUUGAGGCGGUCUUUUUGCGGUCAACAAGACCGUUGCUUCCAUGGACACCAGAAUCACAGUACGUGGUUCCCAGCGCAAAGGAUGCUCUUCCUUCUGCUGCAGAGGGUAACAGGGCCUUGAGCGAACUGCAAGAGAGUGCUCAGCUGCUGACCGGUGAUGCCCUUCCAAUGGCUGUCAUCGAAGCGCUCCUGGCAGAGUCUCCGAAAGUUGGAGAGAAGAUCGCUGUUCUGAACCUGAGUCCCUAUGAUGCCUGCGUAGAGCUCGUGGCAUUGAAGUGGCAUAUGGACAACCCAGACCGGAGGAUUCGUUCCUUGUCGCUCUCUACCGAUAUGACCGUGGUAGGUCACACAGAGAAAACGGUUGCGCUGGCGUUGAUGGAGGCCAGGUUUUGUGGCAGUGGCAUCGUCCCCGAGGAUGAUAGCAAGAUCGUGCCUGCAGAAGAUGAGAAGAGCCCUGCUCCUGCCAUGUGGACCUCGGAGCCAGAGACCAUCCCCGCCCUGCUUGACAAGUACCUAGUGGAAAGCAAGUUUCCUGGGAAGAUCCCAGGAACAACCCUGUAUUUGACCUUGGCAGAAGACCGUGGGGGACACAGGGAACAAGCUCUACCCAAUCAAAAAUGGAAGCUCUUCAUGGUUCUUUGGUUGGUGGAUUCACUAAAUUUUCUUUAG